AUUUCACUAACCACAUCCAGAAUACGAACCUCAACUAAGUUUCACACCACGCCGUAGACGGGUCAUCAACGAACCGGUCAACAAUCCCCCUUUUAUAAGAUGGAAGGACAAGAUUUCUGCAUUCGGGAUACGAACCUCUCCUGCAGCAGCCAUGGAUGGGACCUUCACGUUCUUUGCGCUUGGGGGCGAGAAGCCGAUUGACUUGAAGGUGGACGCGAAGGGCGAUCCGGUUAGGAAGAGGCAGCAGCAUCGGAAGAGUAGGAAUGGAUGUGGGAAUUGCAAGAGGAGGAAGGUUAAGUGUGAUGAAUCGCAGCCUUCUUGCUUGAAUUGCAGGAAGAGAGGAUUGGAAUGCAGUGUUGUGGGUGGGAAUAGGGUCAGGACGAAGAGUCCUGAGAGAGAGGUUACGAUGAAAGAUGCGUCCCAGCAGUGUGACUUGUCACCUGAGGUGCCGUAUCAGCAGUCUUUCCUGAGUCCAGACUCCGCGUCUCUGUCUUCAGUUCCCUCUCAACAGGGUAUAUUUGGUCCAGAGUCUAAUUCUCAGUCUCCCUUACCACCUGGUGAUCCAUCUCAACAAGACAUAUUUGCUCCAACCACAUCACCUACGCAAUACUUCCUGUCUUCGAAACAAGUCUGGUGUCGAACGGCCUUACACCCGGAGACAAUAGCUGAAUUGGUUUCUCAAUAUGGCGAAUGGGGAAACGUCAAGAAAACAGACAGCGUGGCUACGAGCCCCGUCUCCUCAAUCCCAGGCAAUGUCGACUUGAUCCUCCGCCGCAGUCUCGCGGAGAGGGAGCUCAUUCUACAUUUCGAACUGUUUACCUCGAAAUGUCUACCCAUGUCCUCCACCAUCUGGGAAUCGGAAGUCCUCAACGAUGCCCUCCACCACGACUACCUAAUGAGCGCCGUUCUCCUCAUGGCCGCAUGUCACAUCAACCACUACCUCCCAAAAGACGACCUCUCACGCCGUCCCCUCCUCCACCACUUCGGAAAUGCCAUCUCAGGUCUCCGCAUGGCGUUGCAAGAGGAACUCACCCCGACCAGCUUCAACAACAUCAUCUCCUGCUCUUUCCUCCUGAUGCUCUACAGCUGGACGUACAUCGAAGCCGCGCCCGGCGUCCCCGUCGAGGUCGUUGAGAUGUUCCACGACCCAGUCACGCUGUUCUACUGCCUCAAAGACUGCAUCGUGUCCUCGCAAUUCCUGCUCUCCAAGACCUCCUGGAGCAGGGUCUUUGCUUAUAGGCCCACUGAGGCCCUGGAAGAGUACGUCCGCACCAAUAAAUUCCGGGACCACGAGUUUGGGGAAAGAAUGACGCAUGUAGCACUCUGUGGACUCCGGAGCCGUGAUCCAAGCUGUUCGUCGGCGGAUAACAUGAACGCGAUCCAGCGUCUGGGUAAUGCUCUUUGGGCGGUCAAACUAUCGCAGGGUGAUCUCGAGGGCUCGGGGGUCGCGGAUGAUAUCAAUCGGUAUCUGUUCACCUGGCCGCCAUUCUGCACCAAGGGCUUCAUCCAACAGGUCCGAGACAAUAAUCCGACGUCUCUGUGUAUUUUGCUGUACUACUACGCUGCGAUUGUGGGGAUCCUGUCCGAGAAGACGUGGUGGAUGAAAGAUCGAGCGUGGUUUAUGUAUCCGAUGUUGUUGCAGAAAUUGGAAGGCAGAUGUGAGGAAUGCAUCGCGCCUGCGCGCGAGCUGGCGGGCGAGAAUGGGCGGCUGAUGGGGUUUUGAGAUCUGACUGUAUGCGGGGUUAAGGUUAUAUACCGGUAGACUUAUUUGUAUUAUAUGGGGAUCAUCUCCUCUCAAUACUUCUGUACGGUACAGUACAUAGGUUAGAAAUAGACAUACAUUCCACUCC